CCCAAACGGUGCGUUUUAUCCAUUCUGCAAAGCAGAAAUGAAACAAAACGAAGCUUUGGGAUUCUGAGAUUUUAGGGGGAAAACUCUCGCUCAGAUUCCGAUCAAUUUCCAGUGCUUCUCACCGGUCACCACUGCUGCUUCGAGCCCUCGGCCGGCGACACCUGGCUUCUCCUCCGGCUGCGGCUCAGACGGAGGAAUACAAAAGGAGAAACUACGCCAACAAUGUCACGGAGUACAACGGCGUCGUUAACUCCAUCACUGCGCAGAGAAGGUUCUCUUUUCUCCUGAGGGACGUCGACGACGACAUGACCGAGACACCUUCCACUCGCUCAUUUUGGGGUCCAUGAAAGGGGCUCGGUUGCAGGACGCGUUCUACUUCUCGGAGCAGAUGAAAUCCAUGGGUUUGGUUCCUGAUGUAGGCUUGCUUGCAUCUCAGUUUUGGCUGAAUUCCGAUUUUCUGUGAAUUGCAUUUAUGUGUGUGAUCAAUUCGUACAACAUGUUGAUUUCGGUGUGUGGGAAGUGCAAGAAUUCGGAGCAGGCGAUUCAGAUUUUGGAGGAAAUGAAGCCGAUGGUGCAAACCUACAUGUGUCUCCUCAAUGCAUGUGCAGCUGCUGGCCGUCUGGAUCAAGUGGAAUGAAUGUUGAAAUUAACAAUGCGAUCUGCAUCUGCUGGUAUGCAAUUGUCCGCGACAUGACUGCUGCUGGUCUUGGGUUAAAUAAGUUUUGCUAUGCGGGACUUAUAACUGCACUUAGGAACAAGACACCCUUACCAGAUGAUUAUGCUGCCAAAAUUAUAGAGUUUGUGGAGCGGUCAAAAGAGUGGUCAUCGGUUGAAGCUUCAAGUGAAACCGCUCAAAAUGUGAUGGAAGCUCUUUUGGACAUGCUAAAAAAGGAUGGGAAAUUUCCAGAUACCUAUAUUGUGAUUCAAACUAUGAGGGAUAUUAAUCGUGGUGUGCAAACACUUGAAGAAUAUUUGAAGUCAGGGAGGCCUCCUGUACCAGAACUCUACACAGUGAGUUUUGCAACAAAGACAUUAUCUUGAGUCAACAUUUUGUUUCUUUAUAUACAUUGUUCCAUUGGUCUUGACUCUUAGACAAGCAUCGAAGGUUAGAAAUAAUGUGCUCAGAUACUUGCGGAGGGCGCCAUGAUUGGAUAUACACCCAAGGGAAUGCAAAUCGCCCAAAAGGCAUUGGAAGAUAUGAAUUCCAGGAACUUCUACUUGCUCCCAAGACAAGGGACUGAUCUUCUCCUUGCAGCUGCCGGUG